AUGGGCAUAGCCUCUUCUUCCGGCAGGGCCAGCCAGGUUGUGGUGCUUGGCUUAGACAAUGCAGGCAAGACGACCCUGCUCCGCCACAUGAAGGGAGACCUGAAAUCCAUAUCCGGGCGCAAUGCGAUGAAGAGCGUUGAGGUUCAGAGCCCACAUGGAAGCAUGGCCCUCACGAUGGCAUCGUGGGAUCUGGGUGGUCGAAUCCCGGAUCGUGCGCUUUGGCGGAAGUACUACAAGGACGCAGAUGCACUUAUCUUUGUUGUCGACAGCGCGGAUCGAAGACGGCUGGAGGAAAGCCAAAACCAGCUCGAAGACCUCUUGAGGGAGGAUGAUCUGGUGGACAAGCCCCUCCUUGUGUACGCCAACAAGCAAGAUUUGCCUCGGGCUCUGCCCGGCCCGGAGCUGGUAGAGUUCCUUGGCCUGAGGACUUUGAAGCGCCAAUGGCAUCUCCAAGAAAGUACCAGCAAGACAGGGGCAGGAAUACUCGAGGGGCUGGCCUGGCUGUCCGACGCCACCUCUGCCAGUGUCAAGGAGGAGGUGUCUUCAACAAACUGCUUGAUGUACGAGAAGCAUGCCGACGACGUGUCGACAGCUGAUACCGAAGAUGCUGGCUCCAGGGCCGAAGUCAUCAGUGAGUGCCCCUAG